AUGAAUUUGCUGCACAACUCAAGUGGUAUAGAGAGUUUAACGGUAAAGUCUUAUGUACCAGUAUCACCAAAAUUAUUCUUGAAACUGCAUACGCUGAAAAGGUUAAAGCAUGUGCCGAAAAAUCUGAAAGAACUAGCAAAUAAUUUAAGCGAUUAUAAAAACGUGAAUUUCACUACAGAGCACUUUCAAAAUUUAACUGCCCUCAAGAAACUAACUCUAAUCUCAACUUUUUCUAAGAGUUUACCUGAGAAUAUUUUCUCAUCACUUGGUGAACUAGAAUUUUUGAGUCUGAGAAAUAAUAAACUAAGUGAAAUUCCGGAGAGUUCAUUCGCUGCCCAGGAAAAACUCGUUAGUUUGGUACUCCGAAGAAACUACCUUAAAUAUUUGCCAGAGAAAUUAUUCGAAAAUACACGCUCUCUAAGAUAUCUCUGCUUGUCCGAUAACUACUUCAGUAAUCCCUCAAAUAUCAUUGCUAGCACCAAGCCUUUGGUAAAUUUAAACCGACUGGAUUUGAGCCACAACAAAUUGCGUACGAUUACGGGUAAUGAUUCCCAUGUCAAUGAGACACUGCUAACCAACUUCGAACAACUGGAAGAUUUCUCGUCGCAAAUUUCGAACAAAGAACAUAAUGGCGGUAGCCAAAGACGGCAUUUCAUAUGGCUCGACCUAAGCUUCAACUUUAUGGAAAUCUUCCAAAUGAAUUGGUACAAUAAAAUACGCACAAAAUAUCCCAUAAUUACACGGCUUUCAAAUAAUCAGAAUUAUCAUAUAUAUUUAGCAUUAUCACUGUUUGAUGAGUACUCACCAUACACAAGAAAAAUUUUUUACGCAGCAAACCCAAAAGAGUGCUAUGAGAGUCUAUAUACUGUUAAUUAUUUGCAAGCUGAUGUGUAUGAAGCCACAGACCAACAGAAACAUGACGGAGUUUACCCAAUUAACUGGUCCCGCACAUUUUGGUGCAAAAUAUGCGAACCUCGACAUCAGUCACAAUCAGCUAUGGGAGCUACCCGCUGCGACAACAAUCGCCUAUUUGAAUGUACUCAGUUAAAUGUGUCGCACAAUCAACUAACGGUCAUUAGGCACACUCAACUGCCGGCGAAUUUAAGUGUGUUGGAUGUGAGCCACAACCACUUGACACACCUCAGUGCCGAUUUUCUCGAUCUCUACCAAUUGUGGACACGUCUUAGCCUCGAUGGGAAUCCUUGGCGCUGUGAUUGUGACGCCGAGGCACUUAUACUUACUGUGAAGGCAUUUCGCAGCCACAUCCCUGAUGUAGAUCAAUUGCAUUGUGAUAAUAUACCGGCGAGAGGAAUUGUAAAUCUCUCUUUUACCGAGAUUUGCAUCCCACAGGUAUCAAUUUCAAUACCAGUUUAUAUUGGCGUUUCCUCUACAUCUAUUGUAGCGCUCAUCAUUGUUGGCAUCUCCUUAAAGUACAGUCUACAAUUGCGCAUCUGGUUGCAUAGUCACAACAUAUGUCGCCGCUUCAUCAACGAAUGUGAAUUGUAUAAGAAUAAAAAUUUUGAUGCUUUCAUCUCGUACGCUCAUCAGGAUGAGCAAUUCGUUAACAAAACAUUGCUGCCUGGUUUGGAGGAGGGUCCGACACCUUUUCGUAUCUGCACACACGAGCGCAAUUGGUUGGCCGGCGCUUAUAUACCCGAACAAAUAAUCGAGUCGGUCGCACAGUCAAGCCGCACGAUCAUCGUACUCUCACAGCAUUUCAUCGAAUCGGAUUGGGCGCGUAUGGAGUUUCGUAUGGCUCUUCAGAGUUCCUUGAAUGAGGGACGUUCGCGUCUGGUCAUUAUUAAAUAUGGUGAGAUAGUCAAAAGUAGCUUAUUGGAUAGGGAGCUGAGAGCUUAUUUGUCUUUGACCACCUAUUUGGAUUCGAAGGAUGAAAGAUUUUGGCAUAAAUUGCGUUAUGCAUUGCCCCAUAGGAAGGGGGAGGUACGGGAUGCUGGCAUGCUUGAGACGGGCCGCAGCCGUUCUACAUCAUCUGAGGCUUCCAAUGGAUUGGAACUUCUUCCUAUUUCCACAUCUUCGACAUUCCUCAAGCAAUCUUGUGGAGCGGCAAUAUGGAUAUUUCUAUUGCUAGUUUCAGUAUUGCAGGAACUUCCACGUCUGGUGCUUGCAAACAGAGAAGCUAAAGAACUGACCGCAGGCUCAUUAUGCUCACCAGAAAAGUUCACAGUUAAAUUUCUUCCACUCAUGCGUGCCCACCUCCAUUGGAUUGACGCUGUGAUCACCAAGGAAGAUGUGCCAUCUCAAUUGGCCAUGAAAGACACUGAUAAGGGUGGCGUUUAA